AUGCCGACGAGGUCUCGCGUGACGUCCAAGACAGCAGCCAGCGACGUUGGGGAAGACUCUUGUUCUUCGGACGUGAUGCCGGCUGCAGCUUCCUCCACGCGGUUCCCACUGCCUGCAGGUUAUUUCCCCACUGUCCACGUCUCGCUUUUGCAGCGUGAGGAAUUCAAGGACCUCAUCGGACUUCGGGUGAACGCCAUGCUGGCUGAAGAGUAUCGAUAUGCUGAGCGACUGGCUCAACACCACCCGGUCGUGCAGCACGCAGAGUGGAAGUUUGUGCGAAGCAUCAAGGACUUGGACGUGUACCAGCGACGCGUUCGAGGUCGGUCGAGACAAGAGGUGGCAGCCCAAGAAGAGUUCCCGGAAGCUGCGAUCGCCGUAGAGAGAGGGAACCCGAGUAUGCUGGUCAAUGGCAUCAUGAACGGGACGAUGGAGGACAUGCUCUACGGAGCGAGUGCAACAACCCAGGAGGAGAUGAUGACGGGCUUCUCCAUCAGCUCGCCACCGCUGGAUGCUGCGUUGCUGCAUGUCCUUGAGCACUCGAGCAUUGAAGAUCCCCUGCAUUCCGCUGAGCUCCUUUGGGUGCUCACGAAACUUCCGCUCCUGUGUCCACGAGACGUUUGCUUCCUGAAAGCUACUGGCAUUGGACGUGAUGUGAAAGGGGUGCCUUACGGCUACAUGGUGCUUCACUCGGUCGAUAUCUCCGAGUGUCCGCCGUUCGACUACCGGAACACCAAAGUCCUUCGUGCCAAGAUGUACUUCUCCUUCCUGUUUCGAGAGCUCACGCCCAAUACUUUGCACGUGAGUGGACGUGGCAUCUUUGACUUGGCAGGUGGAGAGAUGCUCAAGCUCGUGCUGCCACAUGCAACUGCAGCUGUCAUCGGUGGUCUCUUGAGAGCAGCGAGUUGUGGGGAGACCAAGAAGCUCACGUUGUUGGCCUCGAGGUAUCACAACGAGCGCUAUCACUUCCAAGCUUCUUCAAAGCGACACGUUUGCUCCAUGUGCAUCCGUGGAAAACAACGGUUGCUACCGGGUGCGCGACGCCGUUCGUGUGCAGUCUGCAAUGUCUUGAUCUGCAAGAACUGCAAGAUCAAGGACCGGAAGAUAUUCGUAGGCACGAGACAGCCUUGGCGCGAGGUCACAUGCUGUGCAACUUGUUUGCAGCAGGCUCGCAGUAUCACAAACGUGCGGCUUGGCGAGCCCGAGUUCAUGGUCGUGGCCGAGUUCUACGACAAGAACCGUCUCGUCCCGACUUCAUCUUCUGCGAGUUGCUUGGCAAUCGCAGCAGCAUAUUCAAUGGCUCCAUCCAAAGCUUCAGCUCGACAAGCUCCAGUCCAAAGUACCCACAACAAUGGACGGGAUCGCCUCAAUGAAGUGCGAAAGUUGACGACUACUUCCUCGCUGCCGUUCGAUGCUGGUAAAACGUGCUCGUCCGUAGCAGUGACCAACUCGACAAUCGGAGACAGCUGUGCAGGGUUCGACUGCGAUGUGAGCCUGAGCUUCUCCGGUCCAUUGAGUGAUCUCAACUCGGGCGACUACCGAUUCCACUCGAGCGUUUUGCAUUUCAACGGGGAUAUCGAGCUGGACGAGGAGUCCGAAGUGGCAGUAGAAUUGCUCCAGGAGUACGCCGAGCUUGGUGAGAAGUUCACAAACGAUACGACUUCGAGAAAGUUGCGAGCUUUCGGCGACAGGUGCCCAGCGGAGAGUAAUGGUCAUGAUCUCGCGAACAGAAGGUAUCCGGUUGACACUGACGUCGUGUCAACGUCUCGAGCUUUUCAUGUGGCAACUCCAGCUCACCAGCCUCGACCUCCGCACAACAUGUUUGAGUGGAUGGUGGAGCUUCACUUGUCUGCUGAGGAAGCGUAUGUGACGGCAAAAGCCAAUGAAGCACUCAUGAAGAAGUCCAUGCGGUAG